AUGUCGAGCACCAAAGCUGCGGUGAAAGCCAUUGGCGAAGCUGUCCGUCAGCAAAAGUUCGAUGAUGCCAUCGAGCAAGCACAAAGUCUCCUCCAGCGAGAAGCAAAGAAUCAUCCAGCCCACAUCUUCCUCGCAUUUGCGCUUGAUAAGAAGGGGAGAGUCUCCGACGCCGAGAAGACAUAUGAGGCAGCCACGAAGCUCAAGCCAGCAGACCCGCAGGCAUGGCAAGGCCUCAUCAAGCUGUAUGAGAAACAAGGAGCCAAGAAGCUCCCAGAAUUUCAGAAUGCGGCAUUACAUUUGGCGGAGAUUUGGCGGGAUGCAAAUGAGAUGUACAAAUGCCAAGACACGGUCGACAAAUUCAUAGACUUCGCACGUGUACAAGGAGACCGUCAACAAUAUGUUGAAGCACUGGAGGUCAUCUUGCCCGGCAGCCCCAUCUACCCGGCACUGGAGGGCCGUGUACCUCAUCCUGCGAAAACUUAUGAGACGAUAGCUCAAAUAACUGAGACAGAUGAGAAGAAGCGUGUUAACACACUCAUUGGAGAACGCCGAACGAGGAUCGGGGCGAGGAUCAGCGACGUCACCAUUGAAGUCAAGAGAGAAGUUUUGGGCCAAAGCAAGCUGGGCCAUAUCUACCGCGAAUUGAUUAACUGGACGGCAGAUGAUGAUGUACGACGCCAAUAUGAGGAGAAGUUACUCCAGCAUUGCUACGAACGAUUACUCGUCUUUCCUCCUGGACCUGCCAAAACACAAGAGCUCCUAGUUGUGCAAAAGCUUGCCGAUGACAUGGUGAUAAUCAAGCAUCCUUUUAAAUUGGCUUGGGAUAUCGCCAUCGACUGGAAGGACUACAAGGAGAUCAAGGAAUGGGACGUUGGUAUUCUUAAAGAAUACUGCACCUUUUUUUUCGACAGCGAUCUUUACAAGAUUAUCACAGGAUUUCUCACUAGCGACAUUUCCCCAUUUCCGAAGUACGAAAUCGAGGCCCCAAAUGUGACUUCUAACGACGUUCCGGAGGACGAAAGCGAAGAUGACGAGGAUGGCGGAGCACCGACAUCCGUAAUCCCCUUGACUGAAGAAGAUCGGCUGAUAAUGAUGACCGAGGGCAUCGCCACAGCUAAUUCAUUAUUUGCAUAUCGCCUCAUGGGUGAAUAUUACCAACAUCUACAAGAAUAUGAGAGCAAUGUAGAGUUGAUGCGCAAAGCCAUUGAGAAUCUCAAGGGAGAGAGAGUCAAAACUGGCUUAAGCCUACAGAAUAUUGAGGACGCCUAUCUUUUGUAUCUCGGAACCGCUCUUGUUUACUACCAAUCUCCGAGGAAUCACCAAGAGGCAAAGACACUUUUCGACCAAGUUCUUGAACAUGAUGCAACCUCAACACCAGCGUUGAUCGGCGUCGGUCUCGUCUUUGAGGAGGAGGAGGAUUACGAUGAAGCCAUCGGUUUCUUCGGGCGAGCUAUGAAACGUGACCCAAACAACCUUCGCCUAAGGACGGAGGCAGCCUGGGUCAAGGCUCUAAAAGGCGACUACUCUACGAGUAAAGAUGAAUUGGAGGAAACUCUCCCUUUGAUCACUUCAAGCCGACCCCCAAACAAGGAACUACUGGCAUUAACCCUGUAUCGCCUGGGAACGUGCGUAUGGAAUCUCGAUACUUCGGUAGCAGCUCGAAAGAGUCGCAAAGGUGCAUAUGCAAUCUUCAUGGAUGCCUUGCGAAACGACCCAAAUCUCGCACCGGCUUCUACAAGCUUGGGUAUCUUCUUCGCUGAUUAUGCCAAGGACAAGAAGCGCGCAGAGAGGGCCUUCAAGCAUGCUGUCGAGCUCUCACCAUCAGAGGUUCUUGCUGCAGAAAGACUUGCACGGCUUUAUGCUGACCGCGGAAAAUGGGAUGAAGUCGAGCUCAUAUCUCGCCGCGUUGUUGAUUCUGGCAAAGUGAGGCCUCCACCUGGUUCAAAACGAAAGGGCAUUAGCUGGCCGUUUGCUGCGCUAGGUGUUGCAGAAUUGAACAAACAGGAUUACCAUAAGGCCAUCGUUUCGUUUCAAUCGGCCCUAAAGAUAGAGCCGAACGAUUACAAUUGUUGGGUCGGUCUUGGAGAGAGUUACUUCAGCUCCGGUCGACAUAUCGCUGCUACAAAAGCUCUUGCCCAUGCCCAGAAGCUUGAGGAUGAGCUGAAUCCGGAGAAAGUAGGGGACAUCUGGUUCACCAAGUUCAUGCUUGCUAACGUCAAACGACAACUUGGAGAAUUUGACGAUGCCAUUGAUCUGUAUCAGGCUGUCAUAGAUGAGCGGGCUCAAGAAGAGGGCGUCGCGAUCGCGCUCAUUCAAACAAUGGUUGAAAAUGCUUUGGAUUGCGUGGAGAAAGGUCUUUUUGGCAAAGCCAUUAGAUUGGCGAGCGACGCGUUGGAUUUCUCGGCCCAAGCCCCGACCUCCCUCGUGGAAACAUUCAACUUUUGGAAAGUUGUGGCGGACUCCUGCUCCGUCUUCUCAAGCAUCCAAGGUCGGGUCACUGAUUUUCCUACACAAGUUAUACGAGCUAUCCUUGGGACAGACGAUAAGAGCCCAGUCUAUGAUUUACUCAAGGAAGUCGACGGCGUGGGCACAGGCGUCAUCUUUGCCGAGGGUAUUUUCGCUGACGACGAGAAAGUCGGUGUUGACCUAACCCGGUGUAUCCAUGCUACCAUCCUCGCUCACAAACGUGCUAUACAUGCUUGUGCAAGUGAUAUACAUGCUCAAGCCGUUGCGUACUAUAAUCUCGGCUGGGGAGAGUAUCGAGCACAUGUCUGUCUGCCCACAUCUUUGCGCAAGAAGUCAAGUCGAUAUAUCAAGGCUGCCAUCAAGUGUUUCAAGCGAGCUAUUGAGCUUGAGGCUGGAAAUUCUGAGUUCUGGAACGCUUUGGGUGUUGUUACAAGUGAAAUCAAUCCAGCUGUUUCUCAGCAUUCGUUCGUACGGAGUCUGUAUCUCAACGAACGUAGUGUUCAGGCGUGGACGAAUCUCGGCACAUUGGCACUCAUUCAGAACGAUUUUCAACUAGCGAACGAGGCAUUCACACGAGCACAGUCCACAGACCCUGACUAUGCGCAUGCAUGGCUCGGUCAAGGUCUCGUCGCGCUCUUGUACGGUGACCCUAAGGAGGCCCGUGGACUGUUCACUCAUGCUAUGGAGAUAUCGGAAUCUUCAUCAUUGAUCACAAGGCAGCAAUACUCGAUAUCGGUCUUUGAUCAUAUUCUAACUGGUCCGGCCAAUCUCCCGAUUGCCUCAUUAUUGCAGCCGAUCUUUGCAUUGAGCCAACUCCGUGGCCUCAAACCUCAGGAACUUGCUUAUGGCCACCUCCUAACCCAGUUCCAAGAACGCAUUACUGACAGUCCCCGUGCAGUUGGCACUCUUGAAGAAAUCUGCGCGAAUCUGGAAGUAGACUAUGAGGCAACGGAAUCGCCUCUGGCGGCAAAGAGAUUCGCGCUCGCAAAGAUAGAUCUUGCCCGUGCCUACUUAGCAGCUGGGUCCUACGAGCAAGCUAUAGAGUGUGGAGAGCUGGCACUUGUCCUGAGUAGUGAUGAUUCCGAUAACGAGCUCACUGCCGACGAACGCAAGAAGGCGAGGUUGUUCGCGCAUCUGACAGUAGGGCUGGCGCAGUACUACCAACACGACAUCGAAGAAGCAGUCGGAUAUUUCGAGGCUGCCCUAGAAGAAUCUGAGAAUAGUCCGGAUGCUGAGUGCCUCUUGGCGCAAGUCCUUUGGGCAACCGGGUCUUCAGACUCUCGUGCGAAAGCGCGGGAUAGUCUAUUUGGUGUUAUCGAACGGCAGCCUGACCAUGUUGAAGCCAUUCUUCUAUUGGGAGUGAUGGGUAUUCUUGAAGAUGAUGCCGAAAUUCAGGAGGCCGCUAUCGACGAGCUCCACGCAUUGCGCGCCAACGAUAAGAUAACCCCCUCGAAGCGAAUGCAGAUUGGAGAGGUUCUACAGGCUGUUGCUGCAUUAUCAGAAACCGACGCCGAGACUGAGAUUCGCACUCAAGCACAGACAGACGUCAUGCUGUACCCUUACCUGCCGCAUGGCUGGUCUAAUCUCGCAGAUGUAGGGGAGGUUGAGAACGGCUUCCCCGGUGAGAUGGCUCUCGGCGUUGCCCGGAAAGCAAUACCUCCAAGAGGACAGCUUGGUCCUGAAGGCCUGGCGAGGGCCUACGCUGGGACCGGCAAAGCUGUUGAUGCCCAGACAAGCAUAAUGGUCGCUCCAUGGGCGAAAUACGGAUGGCAAACUUUAGCAAGUGCUGUUUCGAGCUAG